AUGGGCGAGAAACACGUCGAUAACUGGGGUGAUCUCAAGUUCUCAGAGACGGGCAAUCCCUUCGAAGAUGCGAGGCGCAAUACCUUGAUCCAAUUGAACCGAAACAUGGUGUUGGUGGGAGGCUGGGAGGUCGAACGCGCCGAGUACGACACGCGGGCCGGCAGGCUCAGCGACACGGCGCCGAUGAUCGUGGCGACGGAGACGGUGCGCAACAACUCCGACUCGCCGCAGACUUCGGAUGUCAACCUGUCGCAGAGUGUCUCCGAGACCCAUUCUUUCAGCUUCACGGCGGGCUUCUCCAUCGAGGUGGGCACCACCAUCAGCGCAGGCAUUCCGCUGGUCGUCGAUGGGCAGGUCCAGACCAAACUCACUGCCAAAAUGGACUUCACCUGGGGCCAUUCCAAGACCGUCACUACCACCGUCGGCAAUCGCGUCGCCGUGCAGGCCGCGCCUAAUUCCACCGUCCGAGUCACCGGCUCGAUGAAACGCUCCAAGGUGGACGUCCCCUGCACUCUCUACCUGCGUUCCACCCUGGACCGAACGGUGACUACCCACAGCAAAGUCGUCUACCAUGGCCUGACCUACUGGGAUUUUGAGGUUGAUUAUGAGAGAGUUUGA